CGGUAAUCAAACAGUCAAGUCAGUGACGUGCGUCGUGUAGCUCCGAAUCCUCCUUUUCCGCGAUCGACUCGUUGCUAUUAAAUAUGAAAUGCUUCGUAUAGUGAAUAUUAAAUUAAUAUAAAAGUACAUCCUGUAUACCAGGAACAGAGGGAGAGAUAGACAAAGACGAGGGAGCAGUCGAACUCGAGGAAUUUCCCGAUUGCCAUAACCGAUUCCUCCGAUGAUGACGCCUCUGCCCCGAUGGGUGUUGCUGGCGUUGCUGUUGGCCGGCGCUGAGGCGCGUCCUGGCGAUUACGCAUGCGUUCGGUUGUGCCAUGCACAGGACAGGGGCCUGGAUGUCACGGGAGUCUGCGACCAUCAGCAGAGACUCGUCCUUCAGUUCAGCGGAGGCCGGUACCCGACGCAGCGCCUUCUCAGGCUCUGCCUGAUCCCGUGUAGCGGUCUUGGGUCACGGAACGAUACCGUCUUCGAUGGCUCGCAAAUCUGUCGCGUCAUCAGGGAGUCGCUUAUCUAUCGCCAGGGUUGUUCAUGCAAACCUCCGGCAAAUGGCAGAUCCUGGGGCCUCCGAGCGAAUCCCCCAUGGUCGAAGAAGCUGAAUCCAGUGAACGGACUGCUGAGCAUGUUGACGAAGAUCGCCAGGGUCCUAGCUGCAGUUUCCGUUGAUCACGCGAACGAGCCUGGUACCACCGACCUUCGGGACGAUAAAAUGAAGUUCUCCGAUCGACUGGACAACGAGACGGACUUCGUGGACGCUGAGAUUGCGAAUCCGACCACCGAUGCUCCCUUCGGAGCAGAUUGGACGGAGGACUUCACCGACUGGGAGAUGUGGUGCAUGGCCCAGUGUGACAACGGACGGUGCGGCAAUUCCUGCAACCUUAAUCUCAAAGGUUGAAGAGAGGAUGUUCUCGAAAACGAGAAGAGGACGAAGGAGAAUGGGGCGAAGAAGGCACAGGCACGAAUUUACAUAUCUCGUAGGUUAGCUGGGCCUACGACGCCCGGUAGCGUGUAAGGUUAGUUUUACUGGGUAAUACACGUUAACAUUUCAUUUAUUUCUCUGUCGUUCGUCUUCCGCGUUCGAAUAAGUUGCUCAUCGUUCGUGGAAACGUCCUACGUCGAUAAAUUUGUACAGAGUUUCGCGAAGAUUGGAAUAGAAUUCUGGUACCGGGGAAUUUGUCGAGGAAGAACUUGAACGUUUUUUCGAAACGAUCGCUGACCAAGAUUUUAUCGCUCAUACUCGCCUGUCGUUGAUAGCUUAACCGCUUUUAGGCUUAAGAGUUCUCUACGCUAGGUCCUAGUUCACGCGCUCCGACACACGGGCGAAUUAACACACGCCAAGGAAUAGGCUUGUCGAAUAAGGACUUUCCCGCGCGUUAUCGACACCGACGUUUUUUCAGAUAUUACGGGUACGCAUUCGGAUAAACGCAAUGGAGGACACGUUGCGACGCGCGUUAUUCCGAUCGAGGCGUGUGAAUAGGACACCGACGUGCAAAUGUGUGUAUUAUGCAAUAAACGGUAUUUCUACGCGAGCGCGAUGCAACGUUGAACGUGCGUCGACGCGAUCCAUGUACGUCUAGAUCUAUAUGAUUAAUCGUACCAUAGCGGAUAACUUUUACACGAUGCCACGUAACCGUGUGUGCGUACUUAACACUUUAGCUACCGAAAGAAAAAGGAAAGAGUUUCCGACUUAGAAGAAGACUAUGUUACUAUAUUAAUUGAGAAUGACGUUCUGCAUUCUAUUGUUAGGUGAAUUAAAAGCCUCGUUCGUUAGUCCAAAUUGAGCAUUGUGAACAGACAACAGGUACAGUUUACAGGUUGCAGUGAGUAAACACUGAAAUUAACC